AGUAGACAUGGUACAUGAUACUUCCUAGGUCCUAAGAGAAAGAGAGAGAGAGGUUGUAUAGUUGUGGUCCUAAUGAAUGAGUGUGAGAGCUCACGCUCUACUCACCUUCCCUUUUGCACUACCUUUUCUAUUCCUUCUCUUUUCCUAUCCUCCCUUCUUCUUCUUCUUCUUCUCCAAUAUAACUUCAACUCUUCACUCCCUCUGAAUCAUAGAACCGUCAAUGGAUCACCCAAGCUCAAACCCAGAUCACGAUGAAGAAGAAGACGAAGAUGAAUCCACUGAUGAAGAUGAUGGCAAAAAGAUGUCAAUUUCUCAAGCCUCUAGACCAACAAAGAAGAAGAUUCCUAGCCUAAGUGUAAAAGACCAUCCCCUGCCUAAAUGUCAAGUCCAGAAAUGCACCGAGAACUUAAUCGGAUUGAAACAAUACCAUCAACGCCAUAGGAUCUGUGGAUCCCAUGCUAAAGCUCCAUUCGCCAUUGUCGCCGGAAUCCGACAAAGAUUCUGUCAGCAAUGCAGCAGGUUUCAUGAACUUCAUGAAUUUGAUGAUAAGAAAAGAAGCUGCCGGAGACGUCUUGCCGGACAUAACGAACGACGUCGGAAAAUCUCUUCCAAUUCAAGUAUCAAGUUGAAGGAGAAUCAGUUUAUACACAACAGGGGAUUAUAAAAAUCCAUACUUUAUUAUUAUUAUUCUCAUAUGCUUACUCUCUUCUGUCAUUAAAACCAUCUUAUCAUAUUUAGAACUUGACAAUUAUACAAGAAAUAUCAUCUCUGCUCAUCCUAUUAAGAGCUUCUUGA